AUGGCUUCUUACGACGCUCCAUCGUCGAGCGACGACAACGACGUCGUGGUUGUUGGCCGUGAUGAUGUCAGUAACUAUAAUCCCGACAACAUCCUUCCCGAAUCUGAAGACACCAUUGCCAAGAUCAGACAGUGGCUGCGGCCUACCGAGUAUAAUCUCGAUGGCAGCGAGUAUCGCAAGCAUCUCGCCUCGCACCUCGCAAACACUGGGGAGUGGUUGCCGCGUCUAGACAGAUAUAAAACCUGGCACGACAGUCCAGAUCAUGGCCUCUUGUGGAUUAGGGGCGUUCCAGGUUCUGGAAAGUCUGUCAUUGCUGCCACGUUGGCACACAGACUUUCCCAGGAAGAUGUCCCGGUGCUCUACUUCUUCUUUCGUCAGAUCAUUGAUGCCAAUCACCGGCCUAUCAAUCUGCUCAGAGACUGGCUCGACCAAAUUCUCCUCUACAGCCCUCCCUUGCAAGCAACCCUCAAGGAAUACAUCGACACCGAUCGAUCUCUGGACAGUGUGUCUAUGGAUGAGCUAUGGCGCCAUCUUCGUAUGGCCCUGGCUUCGAUACCACUGACUUAUUGUGUUGUCGACGCACUGGACGAGAUGGACCAGUACAACGACGCCUUCGUUCGCUCUCUGGCCGAUCUUGGCCAUUGGCGCCCAUCCAGUGUCAAGGUACUCAUGACGAGUCGACCGGUUGUGAGUGUUGAGACCCCCAUGAGGGGCAUCGGCUGCAUUGAUAUUCGGAUGGAGGAGGAUCUCAUUGAUAUCGAUAUCGCGACCUAUGUCAGGCAUUGCCUGGAUGGCACUUCCAUCUCGGAGGAUGACCGACAACGAAUCAAGCAGGCUGUUCCAGGCCGAGCAAAUGGACUGUUUCUCUACGCAAAGCUGGCCAUGAAGGCAUUCCUGGAACCAAACGUCAAUGUCGCUACCGCUCUGGAGAUGCUACCACUCGACAUGGAGGCCAUGUACGUUAAUCUUCUCCAAGAACACGGCAGGAGGUCUGGCAUCUCCGAAACAACCCAGGUGCUCAUUUUGCGAUGGGUGACGCACGCAACCCGCCCCCUUAGACUCCUGGAGCUUGCCGAUAUGCUCAAGUAUGUGCUGGGCGGACAAUCGACUAGCCUCAAAGAUAACAAGGAUCUUGUUCGGGCUGCCUGUGGGCCCUUGUUGGAGAUUCUCCCUGAUGAGACCGUCAGCGUCGUUCAUCACUCCCUGACCGAGUUUCUCACGGGGACCAAGAGACCAGUGCACUCUGCCUAUCCUGUUUUGGACCCGAUCUCAUCCCACAGCCAACUUGCCGAGGUCUGCCUCAAGUACCUCCAAUCUGGAUGCUUGCAAUGCACAAGUCCAGAUUCGAAACGCUUCAAUCAAAACCUCAUGAACUUGAACUUCCCCUUCGCAGAAUAUGCCGUCGAUAAUUGGCACGUUCAUGUCGCCAGAUCCGAAUGGAAUGGUCUUCCCGGAAACCCAAUAUCCCAGCAGCUGAAGUCUUUCUUAUCUGAUGACUCUACAAAGAACAGGUGGUUGAGGAUGUGUCUAGAAGAAUCUCAGGGGGCAGUCGAUGACGAGUACCUCGGCUCAUUCUCAGAUCUCCAUGUGGCUGCGAUAUGUGGCCUUGACUCCUAUAUCACGACUCUGAUCGACCAGAACAAUCAGGCAAAAAUUGACCAGGAAGACCUGGAGGAGCGAACGCCGUUGUGGUGGGCUGCUGACCGAGGACAUGCCGGAGCCGUUCGAGUAUUGUUACAAGCUGGGGCAGCACCUAAUCAACCCGACCUAGGGGGCCAGAGGCCACUUCACAAAGCUGCCAUGUUUGACCGUUUUGAAGUGGUCCAAUUGCUUCUCGAGGAAGGAGUUGAUCCAUUGACACAAAAGGCCCGGGACCACACAUCUUCUGGAACAGAGCCACAUCCUCGCCUUCUGACACCCGUGGAAAUUGCCUGUUCUCAUGGCCAUCUGCGGAGCGUGGAAGUAUUUCUCCCUUUCAUCGAUGCAGACACAAAGCAACUUGCUCUGUCCUGGGCAGCAGGAGGUGCCCAAUCUCAUAUCCUCAAGCGACUUCUCCAGGAGCCUGGUAUUGACCCCAAUGCCAGGCAUUUGGACGAAACGCCCCUGUCAGCUGCAGCCGCAAUGGGAAAUGUAGAUGCGAUGGAGGUUCUUAUUGAUGCUGGUGCUGAUGCUUCGAUCACAUCCAAGGUUCGCGCUUGGGAUGAGCCUAUGAUCAGUCACGUGGGGUUGUGGCGGACGCCGCUGGCCAGCUUCUGCCGCAGACAAGAUCAUGUUCCAGCUCUGCGGUUUUAUCAACGCCAUGGUCACUAUCGGCCUGGAAAAAAUGCUCCCAAGACCAACAGAACGGAUGACUUUCGGCGAGGUCUGUCACUCUUGGUCAGAGCUGGAGCCGACGUGAACGAGAGAGACUCAUUUGGACGUGCUGGCAUUCACGUUACCAAGGAUCCUGAGGUAGUCAGGAUCCUACUCGACGCUGGUGCCGAUCCAAAUGCCGAAACUCGACUGGGUGAAACCGUCCUUCAUUCUUUACCGAGAGGAGCCGACGAGAAUUAUCUAAAACUUCUAGUUGAGGAUGGAGGUGCUGACAUCAACAAAAGAGAAGCUCGAAGGGGGCAGACACCCCUGAUGUCUGCUAUUGUACGAGACUUGGAUAUUGCCGUCCGCAUUCUCGAUUACAGCCCAGACCUCAAUGCUGUCGAUAAUGCAGGAAACGGGCCUCUUCACUAUGCUGUAUCCCAGUAUGGAAAACCGUUAUUUGAUGAGCCCUUUGUUGAAAACGAGGAGUCAAAAAAGAGCAGCAGGCUACACAUCUUGUUGUCGGCGCUGCUGGAGGCUGGUGCCGACCCAAGCUUGGCCAACGAAGAAGGACAUACACCCUUGCAUCUGUUUGACGUGAGGUCCCUGUUACACUAUCCAGAGUUGAUCAAACUCCUAGUCAAGUUUGGCGCGAGCACCGAGGAUCGAGACUCCAUGGGCUACACUCCCCUGUUUCGCCAGAUAGGCAAAGCACAAGACCUCCUGGAACAACACCAACUCAUCAAGGUCUUCAGGAAAGCCUCUGCGCGCCUCCACGUCCGCGAUAACAGGGGCCGUACCCUCCUCCAUGAGGUUAUUCGAUACGGUGACAAGCUCAACCGUGGGCAAUGCAGCCUCACCUCGGCGUUUCAAGAACUUAUUGAUGCGGGAGUAUCACCCUUUAUAGUGGAUUUCCAAGGCAACACGCUGUGCCAUGAACUGGUCAAGGGCCCGAACCCCAGCAACGCCUCGGAUCUUCUCGCUGCAUUCUGGCCACUUUUUGAAAAGCUUGGGCUGGACACUGACCAACCCGACUUUGAGGGGAGAACUCCCUUGCAUCUUGCAUGCAUGCUGAACUUCCCUGGUGACCCUGGAGACCGGGGCCAACAUGUGGCCCGGUGUGUUGAAUGGUUCCUGGACCACUCAUCCAACCCCAAUGCCGAAGACAAGCAAGGGGUGCGGCCCAUCCACCUCGCUGCCUCUACGCCAAGCUAUGCUGUUAAUCAGUUGAUAAGGGCUGGGGCGGACCCCUUUGCCUCGACUAACCAAGGUCUCAAUGCUUUGUCAAUUGCCUCACGCUGUAGAUUGAGUAAUACGCUCGGUUUGGUGCUGGAGCGCAUGAAGGAUUUGGAUCCUCAAGCCAUGCUGAAGGCGGUAAACGCAAAGGACAUAAGCCAACUCACGCCUCUUCACUACGCGAGUCGCUCUGGACGAAUUGAAUCGGUCUCGUUGCUGCUCGAGGCAGGGGCCGAUGUCAACCCAACGUUCGAUGCAUCAUUGCUGUCAGAGGAUGCGGAGCCUUGGUACCCCCCAGUGCUUCAGUGUGUCUUCUUCAAGCAGGAGAACGCCCUUUGGAGACAAGACGAUCCGCUGAAAGUUUCCGGAGGCUAUUCGAAUCCGUUAUCCAUGAGGAGUCGAUUCGACAAUGACGACCGUGACAGGCUAGCUGCUGUGGCUUUUACGAUUGAAGACACCAACCGCCCACGACAGAGAGAGCCCUCCCGGCACCCUCCUUCGAAGCUGUUUGAUGCGGACCUUGCUAUCGUACGGUAUGAUGAAAUCGUCAAGACCUUGCUGGCGGCGGGCGCAAAAAUGUACGACAACAGCCACUGGGAUCACUCGGCGUUGUACAGUGCCAUGCGAUUUGCGGCACGCGAAUGUGACGACUACGUCGUCAACCUUCUCUGGACUUGCCAUGAAGAAAUUGAGGGCCCAGAACUGCCGGAGCCCAUCAAAGUCUCCGUCACCAUGAGUAGGGCUAGGCGUCAGAUGGACACGAAACUACUUGGAGAGGCAAUCUUGCCAUGCUCCAAGGAGGUGACGUGGGAGACGAUUGAGGAACUGCUCGGUGACCGCGAAUACUCGCUGAUUGUCAAACUCGGCGAGGCUGGUGCUGAUUUCCUGUCGGCCAGCCCCUCUGGACAAUCCAUUCUACAGGAAUUUGUUAAACUUGGAUUUGCCCAGCUGGUCGACGGCUGCUGCUCAUCAGAGGAGGCAUUGCGGUUCGACGAUCCCGAGUGGCGUCAAGAACAAGAGGCCGGUCCUUCGGCUGACCCAUUCGAACCCUUGGCUAUCACGGCGUGUCGGCGUGCCGCUCCCAACAUGGAUGUGCUGCAGGUCUUGGUUGAGAAGAAGGGCGUCGACAUCAAUGCGCCCAGCACCAUUGACCGCACCGGAAUGCGUGCCCUUCAUGCUGUUGCUGAGGGUGGUUCCUGGUGGCAAGUUGCCCAGGCAAUGCCAUACCUGGUGUCCAAGGGGGCCGACCUGGAAGCCCGCGACUACAAAGGCAACACACCGCUCCACUGUGCCCUCACAAAGCACAAUCCAUUCCAUUUAGCUGCGGCAAAGACUCUGAUUGAACUCGGCGCCGAUGUCAACGCGGUCGAUUCGGCGGGCGAAGGGUGUCUUGAGAAAGCAGCCCAUAGCCAAGAGCUUGUUCGUCUCUUGGUCAACCAUGGUGUGGAAGUCAGCCCGGCCGCCAUAUCCUCUGCAGCUAGGAACAAGGAUCUGGGUGUUAUGAAGGCACUUCUAUCUUCCAAAAAGACGCCCGCCCUCGUCAAGUGCUGGAACUUGGGCUUGAACGAUGUAAGAGGAUUGGAUCCUAGCUCGCCCUCGGCUCGGACAGCUCGCCAAGGACAUCCCUUGUAUGUCGCGGGUACGAUACCGCCAUUCAGAAGGACUUCUGAAGACGACGACGUCGGUGAAAUUCGUGCUAGGAAGAUGAUGGAAGCGCUCCUGGAGGCAGGCGUGAGCCCUUACGACACACUCCUGAUCCAGAGUGGUUUCAGAGACGGGUCCAGCAGGCCCUCGUUACCGAUGACUGUGGCGAAUAGGAGAUGGAGAACGGAGGAUAAAGAGCCUGAGAAGAUACCAUUCCUCGAGGACAGCGAAGAUGGGUUUGCGCCGGCUCUCUUGGCCGAUAGACUGGUUUUCCACCAGCUACUGGCAGAUCAUGGCAUCUACGAGCCUAUUCUCAAGCUGCCAGGACUUGACCUGGAGCGUCGAAACGCAUCUGGCCAAACCCCCUUGUUGGCGGCUUGUCGGGGAGGGGCAGCUGCGUCACCCCUCUAUUACAAGCCAGUUCUGAAGGAUCUGUUGGAUAGAGGAGCGGACCCAACUGUCCUAGAUGACUACGGCCGGAACUGCCUGCAUCAUUGUCUUAACCGCCACUCAGCCAUAGUGGUAAUGAAGCAGCUGCAAGAGCUCGGCGACGCUGUCCCGGCGCUCGUCAACCAACCCGACACUUACGGUUACCACCCAAUGCAUUAUCGCUUGGCGGCGCUCACGCAUGGAGUCCUCGGACCGCAAACUGACGAAUGGCUGGACUACCUCAUCGCGCAGGGGAUGGACGUAACAGCUACAGAUGGUGAUGGGAACGGCCCUCUUCAUUUUCUCGCUUCUGGUUUGUUGUCUUCUGCAAGCUAUCUAGACGCUUGUCGGCGUCUCUUCAAAAGAUUUGUGGAGUUCGGACUGGAUGUGAAUGCUCGCAACAAGGCAGGAGAAACACCAGUGUUUUUCCUCCAUUCUACAGAGCUUAUCUUCGGGCAAGAGCGUGGGAUGUUAGAGAUGCUGGACGAGAUGGGAGUUGACUGGCUGGUGAGGGAUGACAAGGGGAGAACAGUGCUGCACGGGGUAGCGGCAGAAUGUGAUGGCGUCUUCAAGGGCAUUAUGGAUAGGGGUGUUGAUCCGCUACUGGAGGAUGCUGAUGGGCGGACCAGUCUGGAUCUGGCAGCGGCGUACGGUAACGUUGGAGUGAUGCGCCUGUUUGACAAGAAGAACGAAGGGGAUUGA